AUGCUCGCGAGCCGCCUGAUACCCCGAAGUGCCAUCCGCACGCUGCCGAGCAGGCAAUUGGCAACUUCCGUCGCCGCGCCAGUUCUGUCACGAUGGGGCCGAGGAUUCGCCUCUACUUCUGAGGAGAAGGAUCUGAUUAUCAUCGGUGGUGGUGUUGCCGGAUAUAUUGCAGCUAUCAAGGCUGGACAGGAGGGCAUGAAGGUUGCAUGCAUUGAGAAGCGAGGCACCCUUGGUGGCACCUGUCUCAACGUCGGCUGCAUUCCCUCAAAAUCUCUGCUCAACAACUCACAUCUGUACCACCAAAUCCUCCACGACACAAAAAACCGAGGUAUUGAGGUCGGCGAGGUCAAGCUAAACCUUCAAAACUUCAUGAAAGCCAAGGACACCUCCGUCAACAGCCUGACCAAGGGCGUUGAGUUCCUCCUGAAGAAGAACGGCGCCGAGUAUAUUAAGGGCACUGGUUCUUUCAUCAACGAGAACGAAAUCAAGGUCGACCUCAACGAUGGCGGUGAAUCCGUCAUCCGCGGCAAGAACAUCCUCAUCGCCACUGGUUCUGAGGCUACUCCCUUCCCUGGCCUCACCGUCGACGAGAAGCGCGUCGUCACCAGCACUGGCGCUAUUGCUCUGGAGAAAGUCCCAGAGACCAUGACUGUUAUCGGAGGAGGUAUCAUUGGUCUUGAGAUGGCCUCAGUUUGGUCGCGAUUGGGAGCCAAGGUUACCGUCGUUGAGUUCCUCGGCCAGAUCGGUGGACCCGGCAUGGAUACCGAGAUCUCCAAGGCUUCCCAGAAGAUUCUCAAGAAGCAGGGCAUUGAGUUCAAGCUCAACACCAAGGUUGUCAGCGGUGAUACCUCCGGCGACCUCGUCAAGCUGGAGAUUGACGCCGCCAAGGGCGGCAAGCCUGAGAGCAUUGACUCUGAGGUCGUUUUGGUCGCCAUUGGCCGAAGACCCUACACCCAGGGCCUGGGCCUCGAGAACAUCGGCCUCGAGCUGGACGAGCGAGGUCGCGUCAUCAUCGACUCUGAAUACCGAACCAAGAUCCCCCACAUCCGCUGCAUCGGCGAUGUUACAUUUGGACCCAUGCUGGCCCACAAGGCCGAGGAGGAGGGCGUUGCCGUUGUCGAGUACAUCGCCAAGGGCCACGGCCACGUCAACUACGGAUGCAUCCCCUCCGUCAUGUACACCCACCCCGAAGUCGCCUGGGUUGGCCAGUCAGAGCAGGACCUCAAAAGCCAGAACAUCCCCUACAAGAUCGGCACUUUCCCCUUCAGCGCCAACUCCCGAGCCAAGACCAACCUCGACUCUGAUGGUCUCGUCAAGAUUCUUGCCGAUCCCGAGACUGACCGUCUGCUCGGCGCUCACAUCGUCGGACCUGGCGCCGGUGAGAUGAUUGCUGAGGCCACCCUGGCUCUCGAGUACGGUGCCUCCAGCGAGGACAUUGCCCGAACUUGCCAUGCCCACCCCACGCUGGCUGAGGCCUUCAAGGAGGCUGCCAUGGCCACUUAUGCCAAGGCCCUGCACUUCUAA